AUGUUUAAUAUUGGGGAGAACAAAGCUCCAGGCCCUGAUGGAUAUACUUCAGCGUUUUUCAAGAAGUCAUGGGAUAUUGUGGGUGAUGAGGUCUCGUCUGCGGUUUUACAAUUUUUUGAAAAUGGUAAACUGCUAAAACAAUUAAACCACACUAUUUUGGCUCUUGUUCCUAAGGUUGAGACUCCGGACUCGGUUCUUGAUUAUCGUCCGAUAUCGUGCUGCAAUGUGUUGUAUAAAUGCAUAAGCAAGAUCAUAACGGAUAGAAUAAAGGGUAGCUUGGAGAAAUUGGUUAGUAUUAACCAAUCUGCCUUUGUUCCUGGUAGGAAAAUAUCGGAUAAUAUACUGUUAACACAGGAACUGAUGCAUAAUUACCAUCGGAACAAAGGUCCUGCGAGAUGUGCUUUCAAGAUAGAUAUUCAAAAGGCGUAUGAUACUGUUAGCUGGUCGUUUUUGGAGAACGUGCUCAACUGUUUUGGGUUUCACCAUAAAAUGGUUAUGUGGAUUAUGGCUUAUGUUACUACUACGUCGUUUUCGGUUAGUAUUAACGGCAAUCUACAUGGGUACUUUAGAGGGAAACGGGGGUUGAGGCAAGGCGAUCCUAUGUCGCCAUACCUCUUCACAUUAGUUAUGGAAGUGUUAUCACUAUUGCUUCAGCAUGCGGCCAGGUCUAGUAUUGGUUUUAAGUACCAUGCUAAGUGUGCAAAACAACAGAUAAUUAACGUAUCGUUUGCUGAUGAUCUCUUUAUUUUUGUCCAUGGAGAUGUAGGGUCGGUUGGAAAGGUCAAACUAGCCCUUGAGCGGUUCACUAGUAUUUCUGGUUUAGUCCCGAGCCCUGCUAAAAGAUAUUCUCAGGCUGAUGCCGUUCCAGGAAGCGUCCAUGCACAUAUAUUGGGCCUCGUCUUUAUUAUUCCUGCUCGGGUGAUUCAUGAUUUAGAGAAGUUUAUGAGGAGAUUCUUGUGGAAUGCGGGGUCACAAGGCAGGGCUAAAGCUAAAGUAGCCUGGUCGGAUAUUUGCUUGCCUAAGGAGGAAGGGGGGCUAGGCAUUUGGAGUUUAUCGGAUGUCAAUAAGGCUCUCAUGACUAGCCAUAUUUGGAGUAUUAUAACAAAAAGGAAGUCUCUUUGGUUGAUGAUUAAUGUGGAGGAUCGUACAGUAUGGAAAGACCUAGAGGGUAACAAGUGCCAUUUUCGGUCACUUGAGGUAUGGAAUGUUAUUCGACAUCGUGAGACCCCGGUUUCAUGGGUUAACGGGGUUUGGUUUUCUCAAUGUAUACCAAGACACUCAUUCCACCUGUGGUACAAUCGUGAUUCAAGAGACCAUCUUUUCUUCCAAUAUCCGUUUGCUUCGAAUGUUUGGAAGGAGAUCAAGCUGAUGGGGUCGCUAGACAACGUGGAUGAUUCAUGGCAAUCUAUCAUGGAGUGGAUGGCUCAAAAUGCAACAUCUAAAAAGACAGAACACAUUGUGUGCAAGCUUUUAAUCGCUGCGGCUGCCUACUUCAUUUGGCAAGAGAGAAAUAAUUGCCUAUUUUCUAAUGCUAAUGCAAAUAUUACGUCCGUGGUUGGGAGGAUUAAGCAUACGGUCAGGUUACGGCUUAUGGGAUUUGAGUUUAGAGGGAGCUUCAAAGUUCAUGAGUUGCUGGAAAAGUGGAAGAUCGCAAGGAGCGAAAAUGAGGAUGAUCCGGGUUAG